UUCUGUUCUGUUGGGUGGAGUUGAUGACAAGUAAAGGCAGGGGUUUUAAAUCCCUAUAAAGUUGUUGUCCACAAAGUAAAACUACACUGAAGACUGAAGAUCAGCAUUACAGUCUUGAGCCUCAGCUAAGAACACAACAGCAGCAGACAAUGUCUUACGAUCUGCGCCGCAGAGGAAAUCAAGAUACAGCAGCAGCAGCAGUGCAGAACAAAGACCCGAUCAAUAUCGUCCUUCUGGGAAAGACUGGUGUUGGGAAAAGUUCAUCAGGAAACACCAUACUGGGAGAAAACAGAUUUAGAUGUGGAAGAAGUCUGUCAUCUGUUACAAAAGUGUCUAGUGCUGUGUGUAAAGAGAUUGGUGGCAGAGAUGUAUGUGUCAUUGAUACCCCUGGUUUUUUUGAUACCACACUUUCAAAAGAAAGAUUGGCAUGGGAGUUUGCGAGGAGUGUGUAUCUGUCCCGACCAGGAGAUCACGCGUUCUUGUUCGUUGUGCCAUUUGGUAGAUUCACAGAGCAGGAGGCAGAAAUAGUAAAUCGAAUGAAAAAGGUUUUUGGGGGAGAUGUGCUGAAGCAUGUUAUAAUCCUCUUCACACACGGGGAUGAAUGUGACCACAAGACAGUAGUCUCAGAGAUAGAUCAGAAUCAAGUUGUGAAAAAAGUCAUAGAGAGCUGUCGUGGGUAUCACAUCAUUAACAACAGAGAUCUGAAUAACAGACGACAGGUGACUGAACUACUGCAGAAGAUCCUGCUUAUCAAUGCUUACUACACACAUGAGAUGUAUGAUUGGGCACAAAAGAAUCCAUUUGAAAAGUUUUGGCAUCACUUCAAGCAGUUUUUCAUUGCUCUUGUUGAAUUUUUCACUGGAGACUAUAACAAUAUUACCCAUUACCCAUUUCCACAAGGUUUGUGUUUAGGCUAUAGUGCUGUUGUUAUACUUCCAUUAUACUACUAAUACUAAUACUCAUAUCCUUAGAACUGGGUAUGAGUAAUAAAUAUAUACAACAUCAAAUGUGAUUAAGCAGUUUUAGAUAUUAACCAUCUUGUUUGUAUGUGUCAAAUCUAAAUCUUUAUUGCAGUUAAUUUCACAAAAUAGUCAUGUUAUGACUGUCACGUCAUGACCGUCAAAUUGGGACGUGAUGUCUCUGUUCCCUUCCUUCAGGGAACAAGGGUUACAUACGUAACCGAGACGGUUUCAUGAUUUAUAGAUCAUGAUUUUUUAAAUUUACUUUUUAUUUCUUUUUUAUUUUGAACCGCACUUUCACACAAGAUAA